AGGACGCUUCCUGAGGCGGAGAUCUCGUGUGCAAAUGAAACCGGAGUACCAGGAUUAUGUCCUGCAGUCAUGUGGGGCUUCAUCCCUGCGUGUUGGUGCUAAGAUCCAGACCCUUUGGAGUGGUUAUGGUGAAAUAGUGCGGUUACAUUUGGAGGGCUGCGAUCGACCUUCUGUGGUCGUCAAACAUGUAAAGUUUCCAGAUGAGGCCGAGCACCCUGGCGGAUGGAAUACAGAUCGCUCCCACAGACGUAAAGUGAGAUCCUACCAGGUGGAGACACACUGGUACCUGAGUUAUUCCACUAACCAGAGCUGCCGCAUCCCUGCCUGUUUGGCUGCCCGUUCCUAUGGCAACGAGAUGCUCAUAGUGCUGGAGGAUCUGGAUGUGGCAGGUUAUGAUCAGAGAAGGACCAGUGUGACAGACCAAGAGAUAAGAGCAUGCCUGAGGUGGCUUGCCCAUUUUCAUUCCCUCUUCCUUGGUGUGGCCCCAGAGGGACUGUGGCCUGUUGGUACUUACUGGCAUCUGGAGACCCGGCCAGAUGAGCUGGAAGCCAUGGAGGAUGGCAAGCUCAAAGCGGCAGCCGGUGACAUCGACAAGAUACUCAGUGAAUGUUGCUUCAAGACCAUUGUUCACGGAGACGCCAAAUUAGCUAAUUUUUGUUUUUCUAAGAGUGGAGAGGAUGUGGCAGCCGUGGACUUUCAGUAUGUUGGUGGAGGCUGUGGGAUGAAAGAUGUUGUGUACUUUCUUGGAAGCUGCAUGACUGAGAAGGAGUGUGAAAAGAGAGUUCCAGGACUGCUGGAUCACUAUUUCACAGAACUAAAAGAGUCUGUGAAUAAAGAUGUGGAUUUUGAUGCUCUGGAGAAAGAGUGGAGGGAGAUGUUUGCAUUUGCAUGGACAGAUUUUCAUCGUUUCCUGCUGGGAUGGAUGCCUGGACACUGGAAAAUCAACCGAUAUAGUAAACAGCUGACCAAGGAAGUUCUGCACAAACUGAAACAGUAAUGAGCCCAUACAAGAAUAAGUACGUUGCUCUCUACUGUCAGACAUGUUUUUCAAGCAAUUUAUGAAUGAAUAAAAGUCUUUGAAAAGCA